AUGAGGUGGAAGUGGAAGGGAUACAAACUCAUCUAUAUCUUGGGACAGAAUAGCAAUCUUGUUCGGAGAAAAACAAAUUGCUUGGUUUUCUUCCGCUCUGUUUGGGGAGACAGACUUGAACUUGAAAGAUGCCGUUUGGAAGAAGUGUUCGACGGUGAAGAGCCAGAUUUCAAAUUUUACGAUAGUAAAACUACAGAAAGUGGUUAG